ACAACAACAUUCCGGUUGGACUCAUUUGUGAUCCUACGUCUAUUUUGUGUGAGUCGAUUCGAAGAUUGACCUCGCAGAGAUCUGUGAUUUACUGUAUUUAUUAGCACCUUCCUGUUUUCCGAGGACGCAACAUGUUUGCGGCUUAGACUUUUUAUCAUUAGUUACCUCGAAAAAUCCCAUAUCUCGAGAACAAAAAACCUGCUAAUAACGCUCAUGUGUUCUUCGGAAACUUCCGAGACACACGAAUAACCGGAUUCCAAAUACGACGUUUCGUCGAAAUGUUAACGUCCUUCUUCGAGCGAAAAAUCCAGCCGGUUGAAGUUGGACGAAUUUAUCAAGAGAAUCCAACACCGUCUCAUCAUGAAGGCCAACGCGCAAUUACAGCAGUUCAAAAAAUGUUUGAUUCUAUUCACAGUGGGGAUAACAUGCAGCGCAUUGGCAUACGCGAUCUACGUGAUAAAUCCAAUCAAGGUGAUAGUCGAACAAAAGCUGAAAAUGGCUCCCGGUACGCUGGUAUUUUCACUUUGGGAAAAACCGCCGGUGGACAUUUACAUAAAGGUCUACAUAUUCAACAUCACAAAUCCGAACGAGUUCAUUGCGGGCACCGAGAAGCUGAGGGUCGAGGAGAUCGGUCCGUACGUUUACCAGGAAAUGCUCGAGAAUAAUAACAUAACGUGGAAUCCCAACGGGACGAUUUCCUAUCGUCCAAAAAGGCUGGUCUACUUCGUUCCCGAGAUGUCUGUUGGCGAUCCGAAAGACGCGAUACUUCGGGUGCCGAACAUUCCGCUACUGGGAGUGGCGUCAGCCUUAUACGACAGCAGCUCCUUCGUGACGGUUCCACUAUCGGGCUUCAUCGAGUUGCUGGAUAGUAAGACGAUCCUGAACAUCACCGCCUACGAUUAUCUCUGGGGGUACGACGACACUCUGGUUCAUCUGGCGAGCAACCUUGUGCCAAACUUCGUCAACUUCCGCAAAUUUGGUCUGAUGGAUAGGCUUUACGACGAGGGGGAUAAUCUCAUGACGAUGAACAUAAAAAAGAAUGAAAACAUGACGGAUGAAGAUGGACGGUAUCUCAGCAUCGAGGUGCUCAACGGAAAUCCGGGACUAUCGAACUGGGGUUGGGUGCAGACCGAAGCCAAUAAGACGAACCCAUCAAACACAAAAUGCAACCGUCUCCGUGGUUCAACGGAAGGCACUUUGUUCCCUCCAAACCUCGACAAGCACGCUGUAUUCCGUGUGUACAGAAAGGCUUUCUGCCGGACUUUGCCGAUCCAUUUCAUCAAGGAAGUGACCACGGAAAGCGGGCUUCCCGGUUACAUGUACAAUUUCGUGGACGAUUUCCUCGAUCCACCCGAUGUAAAUCCCGACAACGAGUGCUAUUGUCGCGGGAAGAAGAAGUGCCUGAAAAUGGGGCUUUCCGACAUGACACCGUGCUACUACAAUGUGCCAGUUACAAUGUCAAUGCCACAUUUCUACAAGGCUGAUCCAAGCCUGCUCGAGGCCGUCGACGGUCUGAGGCCAGAUGAAGAGAGACAUGACACCAAAAUCAUCCUUCAGCCGGAGGUCGGAAUACCUUUGCACGUCAACUCGAGAAUGCAAACUAAUCUGGUCAUGGAAAACGUCCAGUGGAGUGAAAGGAUUAAACCUUUCAACGACCUGACGAUACCGCUGAUCUGGACGGAUUUGUUCAUUCCCGAACUGCCGAGCGAUUUGAUCCUGCUACUGAGACUGGGACUUCAGAUCAUCCCCGUCGUGCAGACGGUGGUUAUCAGUAUUUUGGGGGUGAUUGGUGUGACUACCUUUAUUUUCUCUCUCUUGAAAACCGUCCGGAUUGUUCACCAGCAAGCCGAAGAAGACAGCAAAGGGGAAGAUUCAAACGACCUUAAAAUCUCACUGGGUUACGGCCAGUAUAGUUCUAUAAGGAUUUUACCCGCCAUCAAAAAGAUAACGUCGAGAACGGAUCUCUUCGCGAAGGGAUAACAAAGGAUAUGCAGUAUCAACCCGAGGAUAGAUAACCCAAACUGUGAUUCUUUCUACUCGGAAAAUAAACUUCAACUUGAUCAAACUGUCAUUUUAACGACCGUCAAAAAAUUCUGCGGAAAUUGGCUACAAAAGGUGUUCAAAUAAUGAAAAUAAAAUUUAAGGUAUCGCUG